CCACCCUUCCUCUUUAAUAGGACUUCUCUAAACGCAAUGCCAUCUUUCCUCUGUACACCCCCUUCCCAACAUUUCCUUCAUGUUGUCUGAGGCACUGGUAACAGGAUAAAGAAAGCGACAGAGGAGUUCUGCUUUCCACUGUCUUACAUCACCCAGACAAUUGGCAGCCAGGAGUCAGGCAGCUGUCACACUCUUCAGAUGUCUAUUUAAAGUUCAAAGAGAUGCUGGAUAACAAUAACAAAGAGGUAAGCGUGGCCCUGACCAGCCCACCCCACAACAGGAAGAAUGGCUGAAAAAGCAGCGGCUACAUUUUCACACCUUCUGGUCCCUAUUCUUCUCUUGAUUGGCUGGAUUGUGGGCUGCAUCGUAAUGGUUUAUGUUGUCUUCUCUUAGAAAGGUAA